CCCUGCGCUUUACCUCGUGCAACGAUCCGCACUCGAAUCUGCGGCUAGUCAAAAUUAACGCAUCGAUCGACAAUUGCUCCCUUUAGACCUUGUGUCCCCCCGAGAGACGAUCGCUCUCGUCUCGAUAGAACGCGCCGAGGUGUCCCCCGAGUCAGCGAGGCGCAGCUGCUGUGCUUUCGCGAGCUGUAGCUUGUAGCAGCACUCGCCACUCGACACGAUCGCCAGUAGCUAGUAGCCGCGGCCGUGUGUGUUGAUCUGUCGCAGUCUAUUUUUGUAACACUCUGCCUCUUGUCUAUUCUUCUCGCUCGUAUGUGCGUGUGCUGCUAGCUAGGUGUAUACGCCAAGACUAACUACUGCUCUGCUCGAUGCUGAUAUGCCCCUCGCGCGCACAGCAGCGCAGCUAUAGCUUCUAGCAAAGGCCAACUGUCCCAAGCCUCCUCGGGAUCCUCGCGCGCACAGCUCACCCGCUGCUGCUCUUCAUCAACUACCUCUUGCCAUCCUCUACGUAUACGUUACCUGUCUUUCUUGAUCAUCGUUUCGGACCAUCCAUCGUUGCCGUAUUAUAGCUAUAGCAAAAUCAAAAUCGAUCUAGAUGAACGAUUUUUAAAGAUGAUUGUAAGCUAAAUCACCAACGUACACCGAUACAGGAUCGCGCAUCCCAAUCGCUGGCUCCCAAAUUCCAAAUUUCUAUGGGCUCGUUGAAUACGAGAGAGAUAUUUUCCUUAGCGCGUGAAAAUUUCUGCCUUUAUUUCGUUGUCGUUGGUGAAACAAUGAUUCAUUUUUAUUUAUAUUAAUUGUCUAUUUUUUAUGCAUUAAUAAUUCUAUACUGCACAGUAUCUCAUUAUGUGCAUUCGUGUAAGAUAAAACUCACAUAAGAUUUAGCUCAAAGUACGCGUUUAACUGCAUCUUCUCAUGCGCUUCUCUCUGACUCUCUGACAAUCGCGUGGACUUAAAUCUCUUCUGCUAGUUUUCGUUUGAAACACCCGUACAUUUGUGAAAUUAAAGUUAUCAUCACACGGUGUAAUACGAGUCCUCUGAUAUAUCUCGUGUUUCAUUCCUCUUUUUCAUUCUGACUUUUUUUCUUUCAUCGAAUUUUAUUUGCGUCAAGUUUUAUGUGAUUAUUGUUUGCAUGAAACACCAUUGCUAAAGCGCAUCUUUGAGACACUGUAAAUUAUUGCUCACGAAAACGUUUAACCCAUGAACUACUCGUUACUUUCUAGAAACUUCCAGAUAUCGAGACAAUGUCAAGAUUUCGAGUGCAUCUAAAAAUAGGAUUUUCAGAGUGACAAUUUUUUAGAGAUUUCUGAUCAAUUGAAUGUUGAUACAAGAUAAUCAAUCAUAAUGAGAUUAAACUUAUCCUCUUGUGCAGUGAGAGUUUCUGUACUUUUACUAGGGCUCUGUGCCACCUUGCAACUGUCACCUGUGAAUGCAGAGCCUUUAGGAAAUCCAUAUAAUAUUUUAGGAGUCUCACGAAAAGCAGACUCUAAAGAAAUCAAAAGAGCUUACAAAAAUUUAGUCAGAGAAUGGCAUCCAGACAAAACUAAUCAUCCAGAGGCUGAGGCCAAAUUUGUUGAAAUAACUAGAGCUUAUGAGCUUCUAUCAGAUCCAGAAAGAAGAAAAAAAUUUGAUUACCAUGGAAUUACUGAAGAAGGAAUACCAGUACACAAAAGAGAAAAUCAUUUUGAUGGAGGAGAUCCCUUUGAAGAUUUAUUAUCUGGAUUUAACAAAUUUCAUUAUCAAAGCAGGGAUAUCAGUCUUUUUCAUGAAAUGAGCAUCACUUAUAAAGCCUUUGAAAAUACUGUUGUACCAAAAAGUUAUCGUAUGCCGCAUUUAAUUCUCAUUUACUCAGACUGGUGUUUUGCUUGCUUACAAGUCGAGCCUAUAUGGCGGCGGCUAAUUGAUGAGCUGGAGCCAUUUGGAAUUAGCCUUCACACUGUCCAUGCGCAAAAAGAAACAGCAUUAUUAAAUAAAUUGGGUGUCCGCUCCUUACCAUAUUUAGUUCUUACGAUCGAUGGUCAUACUUUUGCUUACAAAGAAACUUUAUUCAGUGUUCAAAAAAUUGUUGAUUUCCUGAGAAGUAAAUUUCCAUACAAACUUCUGCAUAAAAUAAAUGACGAUAAUGUAGAAAAUUUUCUGAAUGGUUGGACAGAUAAUAGAAUUAGAGCCCUUAUAUUUGAAAAUAAAGAUAAACCAAGGAUUAGGUACUUGGCUGUUGCCUUACAACAUAGGGACCAUGUAACUUUUGGUUUUGUACAGACUGGAAGUAAAAACGCUAAAGGUAUAAUGGAAAAGUAUAAGAUUUCUCAAGAUGCGGACACCUUAUUACUCUUUAAUGAAAAUGUAGAAAAGCCUGUUGCGUCAAUUAGUAUGCAAGAUAUUCCAACUGAUACAAUGCACAAUAUUAUCAACAGUAAUCGAUUUUUAAUUUUGCCAAGACUUUCUAAUCAGGCUAUGUUGGAUUCUGUGUGCCCUCAAGUGUGGCAAAAUUCAAGGAAACAUUUGUGUGCUGUUCUUAUUACUGAAAAUACUAAUGAAUAUGAAACAAUGAGGCAUAAAUUCAGACAAGCUGCUUUAGCUGCACCUCACAGCCCUGAAAGAGUUCGAUAUGCUUAUUUAUUCAAAGAAACACAACCACAGUUCUUAUCAGCUCUUAUGGCUAGUGAAAGUAGUCCAUCUGAUCCUCUGCAUCAUAUUGUAAUUAUUUGGAGACGAGACUCUAGUCAUGUAAAGUAUGAAUGGUUCAAAUCUGCCUGGUCUCAAGUAACUUCUAAUGAAGAUCAGUGGAAUCAAACUCGUUUGAAUUUAGAGCAAAACAUUAAAAAAUUAUUGCGUUCUAAUGAAGCAUUACCUUACGCUGCUGAAGUACAGGAACUUUCAGAUGAACAUGCUUUGAGUCGAAAUGAGAAAUUCAUAAAAAAAACAAUAAUGAUGUUUGAUUAUAUUUUGGAAAAUUGUACCAGAGCACAAGUGUUGUCGGUAUUGUCUGUAUUAGGAUCAUUCAUAGUGAUAGUAAUUCUUGCUAAAGCAAUGACGUAUUUAAUUGCGGCAGAAGAAGCCAGUAUACAAGCUGAAAAUGAAAAAAAUUCUGAAAAAGUCAAAACACCAACAGCACAAGUAACACAAAAACAGCUCAAGCUUUAUGAAAUGCGAACGGAAACUUACAAUCGUCUUGUUCGACUGCUAAAACCUGGAUGCAGAACUAUUGUUUUGCUUGUUGAUAAAGACUCAAAACUAAAAUUAAUACCAGCUUUCCACAAAGCUGUUUGGCCUUAUAGGAAAAAUGUGCCAUUAAUGUUUUGUCAUUUAUCCAUGGAACGUGGUCUAGAGUGGUACAAAAAUUUAUUAACUUUAUGCCUUCCUGAAGAAAGGAACCUGAAAAUCAACGCUAAAAACUGUGUAGGAACAGUUCUUUCAUUAAAUGGUCAUCGAAAAUAUUUUUGCAUGUACCAUGCAAAACACCCUGAAAGUAAAAAGGGUAAAGGUAAUAAGCGCAUGGAGAGGAUGACAAAACGUUUGGCUCAUCCAAAUGAUGCUGAAUCUGGGGCAUUUAUCGGGUUUGACAGUUCAUCCGAUUCCGAUUGCGAAACACAAGAAAUUCUGUUUACUGAAAAUCUUUUAGAAGGAUUACCUAUGUGGUUGGAUAGACUAUUUGAAGGUUCAACUCAACGCUAUUAUGUUAAUUACUGGCCAGACUUUCCCGUACGCUAAGUGUAUAGUUUUCAGAAUAAAGUGUGACGCUGAACUUGUAGACAGAUAUACACAUAUAAAUAUAUUUAUAUCUAAAUAAAGUGAGUGUGCAAUGUGAGUGCAUAAAGUACUGUUACUAGUCAUAAUAUUUAUCUUCAAGAUACUAGUUAAAUCAUCAAUGACUGUUUUGAUUUAACAGUUUUUUUUUUAAUUAAAAUAACGUAAAAUUUUUUUCACUACCGAACUGCAAAAUAUUAUAUUAUUUGUGAAUAUCUCGGUAUUAGAAAGAUUAUGCAUUAGAAAUAUUAAAUUUCAAAUUUAAUCAGGAUCUUAAAAUAAUCAGUGUUUUUUGCAUCACUGCGUAUUGAAAAAUAUAUUUGCAUUUCCGAAAUUGUUAUAAAUUAAUUUAUAACUAGUCAGAUAUAUUUUUUUAUGAUCGUAGCACUUAUCGAAAUUUAGUUUUAUUCAGAAUACAUACAAAUAAUUAUCCUGUUCACUGCCAGCUUACAAAUAAUUCAAUUUGACGUUUUCGAAUUUUUUUCAAUUUAAUAUGAAAUAAAAUGAAAUAAUGUUUACAACAUUUAAAAAAAAAUAUAGGAAAAUUAUGAAAAAAUAUACAUGUAUUAAAUAUCAAUGCUUAGUGUUGAAAUACUUAUAUAAAUGAAAUGUUAAAAAAACACAUUUGAUAAAUUUGUAUUAAAAAUUAUGAUGCAUAGGUGUUUAUGUACAUUAAUUAAUGAAUGUAUAGAUACCUUCGAAAAUAUUUUUAUUUUUCAAUUUGAUGUCUUACUUAGAAAAUAUCUCGUACAAUCGGUAUGGUACUUAAAUACGAACAACUUCAUCGUAAAUUAUUUGUAAAAUAAAAGUAAUCACAAAACCUAAAA